CCAAGCUGCCCCGCGCCGUUGCCAGGGCCUGGACGUCGGUAUCUGUUCCAUCCUGCACCACAAUGUCACCUCUUAUCCUAACCUCCUGGGCCACGUGGAUAGUUCGGCGGUGGAGAAGGAUAUUAUCGCUCUAAGAGAGGUGAUCGACGCCGAGUGCACCCGCUCGCCCACACGAGUUCCUGUGCGAGCUCCUCCAGCCGGACUGCCGCCGCGCCCAGGUCAUGUCCCCGAGCGGCGUGUUCGAGGACGAGCUCCUGAAGCCCUGCCGCGACUUCUGCGAGGAGGUCCUGAGCACCUGCGGCCGCCGCCUGCCGCCCCACCUGCGGCUGGCCAUCGACUGCGCCAGCUUCCCGUCGCUGGUCAACGGGGACGAGUGCACCGCCAAGCCAGGCUGCGCUCGGGAACUGCGCGUGAAGGGCUGGCCGGAGCGCGUGUGUGACGGGGUCGUCGACUGCGCCGAUAUCUCCGACGAAGACAAGUGCUCGGGAUGCUCCUCGGAAGCUUCAGGUGCGGCUCCAGUGCCACGUGCGUGCCCAGGAGCGCCGCUGCGACGGCCUCGAGGACUGUGCCAACGGCGCCGACGAGGAGGAUGCUUAUCUCUCACGCCCACGCCCACCGACCCCGACGCCCUCAAGAACCAACAGUGGAUAAAGUACAACCGCGAGGGCCUCCUGCGCUAUACUGAAGGAGGUAUGCCGUCCAGGGUAUGCGUUGACAACAUAAACAAAACCCUGACGACGCAGGAAGCACAUCAGCUGAUCCACAACAUGGCGGAGGUCACGUGCGAUUUGCUCUCCUACGG